UAUCUUGCUCGACGCGAAUCUCGACGCCAGAAUCGCCGAUUUUGGCCUCGCGAGGAUGAUGGCGAGGAAGAAAGAAACCGUUUCAAUGGUCGCCGGUUCUUACGGUUACAUCGCUCCCGAGUAUGGAUACACAUUGAAGGUGGAUGAGAAGAUAGAUAUAUACAGCUACGGGGUCGUGUUAUUGGAGCUUUUAACAGGAAGAAGACCGUUGGAGCCGGAGUUUGGGGAAUCAGUAGACAUUGUAGAGUGGGUGAGGAGGAAGAUAAGAGACAACAUAUCACUAGAAGAAGCAUUAGAUCCUAAUGUAGGAAACUGCAGGUUUGUUCAAGAAGAGAUGCUUUUAGUUUUACAGAUCGCUCUUCUUUGCACCACAAAGCUCCCGAAAGACAGACCUUCGAUGAGAGAUGUCAUAUCGAUGCUCGGAGAGGCUAAACCGAGGAGGAAAAGUAACAGUAAUGAUGAGAACACUAGUCGUAGCUUGGCUGAGAAACAUACAUCAGUUUUUAGUACUUCACCUGUAAAUGGCCUUCUUUAGGACAAGAUUUAUGAAGAGAGAAAGGCCGAUAAAAUUGAUUCGUUUGAUUCGUGUUCUUGUAUGUAGAAAGAAGGGAGAGUGAUCUUGAUCCUCUUAUUUCAUUUUUUUUUCCAUGUAGAAUAACUUUGCUUUUGUUUUUACAGAUCAUAUUAACUUUGUGCAUU